AUGGUUCGUCGCCACAGUGUGUUACAGCCUGAUUCUGGCCCGAACGAGCCGAGUAUAUUGGCCAAUACAGGCUCACCCUCUGGCGGACCGCCGUGGACACGAUUGCGCCGCUUUUCUGAAGGACAAUACACGCGGACACGGGGACAAAAGCUGCUUCCGAUCCGUGCAGUUGCUGCAACAGUGCUGCAAAGAGCACUUGCGUUGCCCGAGCCUACGCCCAGCACAAAUAGGCAGCAGGAUCUCCCGUCGCUGUUUGAAGACGGGGAGCGGCCGAGCUCGCCCGAGAGGGGUCCUUCCCAUCGGGUUCGCCUUGCUCCAAACAUGGAUCCUACGCGGUCUUUGUUGUUUAUUCCAUUCGAAUUCGAUAUUUAUGAACAGGGUCCUUGUGUCCAUGUGGGCAGAUUUACCGACCGACGCAAUAACACCGAGACGACCAAUGCAGCGACGCACGAUGAAGCACGUACCUCGCCUGAAGCUACGUCUACGCAAGCUGCAACGCAGUCCACUACUCACGAAGGGCGCACUAUCGCUGCAAUCAUAAGCGAUGACCAGACGCGCAUAACGUUCAAAAGCAAAGUGGUGAGCCGCAUGCAUGCGGAAUUGAAAUGCGAGCCGGGCGGCAAGAUUUUUCUUCGCGAUACAGGCUCAAGUAGCGGCACGUUUUUGAACCAGACACGCCUCUCUUCGCCCGGGGCUCUAAGCAAGUACCAUGAAGUGGUAGACGGUGAUGUGCUACAGUUUGGGAUCGACUACCAGGGUGGCGUCCAAGAAAUUUUCCGAUGCAUCAAGUUGCGCAUCGAGAUUGAUAAGGAAUUUCGUAUAAAGCCGUCGCAGUUUAGCCACAACAUGCUCCGUGCAGUCCAAGAAAGAGGCUCUGUGCAAGGCUCGGGUGGCGUAUACAGCAGCUCGGCGCCUGUGACGCAUGCAAGGGACGCACAACCAGCCGAAAAAUCGCAGAACAUUGCAGAAUGCUGCAUUUGCCUUUUCAAAAUUGCCGUUUGUCAAGCACUGUUCAUCGCACCCUGCUCCCAUGCGUUUCAUUACAAGUGCAUCCGCCCGCUGCUGCAGUUGCACCAUCCCGGAUUUAUGUGCCCCUUGUGCAGAACAUUUUCAAAUCUGGACGAAGAUGUAGAUGAUGACGAAGAACACAUUCACGACAUUGAUCAGCAGUGCCACGAUUCCGCCACGAACAACGAGGAAUUUUUCGAGAGCGAAAUGUUUGCUGCAGCCUCGUCGCAGCUCCACCUUGGCCCAGCGAACCCGUCUUGUCCCAGUUCCCCUCUUCUGUCAAAUUUGAUGUCAGGUGCAAUGGCGCUCCCUGUCGAAAAUUCACGAACUAACCCUUUUCUGUCUGCCCACAUGGAUGGCAGCCAGUAA